AUGGGUGAAAUCACACUGACCGGCUUUGGCGGGCGCCAAAUUCGCGUUCCUGGCGGCCUCUUCAUCAACAAUGAAUUCCAGCCUGCCACAGGCGGCGCAGAGCUGCAGGUCGAGAACCCAUCCACGGGCGAUCACCUCGCCACUGUCUCGGCCGCGCAGCGCGAAGACGUCGACAAGGCCGUCACGGCCGCGCAGGCCGCGUUCCAGGGCGCGUGGAAGGCCGUCAGCCCCGCCGCGCGCGGGCAGCUGCUCAACCGGCUCGCCGACCUCGUCGAGCGCGACGCCGACGACCUCGCCAGCCUGCAGGCGCUCGAGGCCGGCGUCCUGUUCCGCGAGUCCAAGGACCUGCACAUCCCGCAGGCGUCCGAGACGCUCCGCUACUACGCCGGCUGGGCCGACAAGAUCACCGGCCAGCUGCUGAGCAUCCCCCACGGCCACGCCUACACCCGGCGCGAGCCGCUCGGCGUCUGCGCUGCCAUUGUCCCCUGGAACGCGCCGCUCAUGAUCACCAUUUGGAAGCUCGCCCCCGCCAUCGCCGCCGGCAACGUCAUCAUCAUCAAGACCCCCGAGCUCACGCCGCUGUACGCCCAGAAGCUCGCCCUGCUCGUCGCCGAAGCCGGCUUCCCGCCCGGCGCCAUCAGCAUCCUCUGCGGCUUCGGCGCCGUCGCCGGCCAGGCCCUCGCCGAGCACUCCGGCGUCAAGAAGAUCUCCUUUACCGGCAGCGGGCCCGUCGGCCGCCAGAUCAUGAAGGCCGCCGCCGCGUCCAACCUGAAAAAGGUGACGCUCGAGCUCGGCGGCAAGAGCGCGUCGCUCGUCUUUGCCGACGCCGACCUGCAAAACGCCCUCUUCUGGACCACGCUCGGCUUCACCGCCAACAACGGCCAGGUCUGCGCCGCCGGGUCCCGGCUGUACGUCCACGCCGCCAUCUACGACGACUUCCUGAAGCAGCUCGCCGAGCGCCUCGUCGGCGCCACCCAGGGCGACCCGCUCGCCGAGGAGACCACAAAGGGCCCCGUCAUCAGCAGGCAGCAGCGGGACAAGAUUGCCGCCUACAUCACCCAGGCCAAGCAGUCGGGCGUGCGCCUGCUGGCCGAGGCUGGGACGACGACAGACAAGGGGCACUUUGUCCCGAGCACCGCGUUUGCUGACGUGCCCGAGGACGCGCAAAUCAUGCAGGAAGAAAUCUUUGGGCCCGUUGCUUCCAUCACGAGCUUCCGCACCGAGGCCGAGGCCAUUGCCAAAGCCAACGCCAGCGAGUACGGCCUCAGCGCCGCCGUCUUCACCAACGACGUGAGCCGCGCCGAGCGCGUCUCGUCCGCCCUGGAGAGCGGCCAGGUCACGGUCAACUGCUGGGGCACGCUCCACGCGAACACGCCCUUUGGCGGCGUGAAGCAGUCUGGCUUUGGACGGGACAUGGGCGAGGAGGCGCUCGACUCCUGGCUCACGACAAAGUCGGUCAAGUAUUUCACGCUUCCGGCUGCUGAUGAGGACAAGCAGUAG